CCUAUCACUUACCAAUUUUCAUUCACCUGCCAGAAUCAAUUCACAUGUCUCAGGAGCAAUUAAGAUGAACCCCUCAAGCGCCAUCACGGGCUACCGAUUUUUUGAAUGGUAACACAUGGGGUUUACUAUUAGCAGUAACAUCGGACUAGCGUCAUCGUACAGUGAACAGGCACAACGCGAAUCGCGGAAGCCAAGCCAUAUCGACCUAGCAUUGGAUUCGAACUCAGCCUGCUUACAUUAUUGGUAGACUGGCUAUAAACUGGGGGUGUAGACCGAAGCGAAUCUCGCUCUGGGGUGCCGGCUCGGCCGCCAGGAUCUGCAGGAGCCGAGCGAAUUUCGCUCGAUGUGAUUCUCACGUCAAGCCGCAACCGCAUCAGGGACGGAGGAUAUAGCAAAUUGCCGUUGGAAUACAAAAUUACAGCCAUGCGCUCGCAGUCAAGCGAAAGAUGGACACUUACGCAUACGCUCAUCUAUUUCCCGAUUCGAUUCUUGGCAUUAACUGCCGUGCGACAGAUAGAAGCAGUGUGACAAUACCUACUCCAUGGAUAGGCCAUUAACAACUUCCGAGGUCCCCCAUAAGUUCCUCAAAACAGCGCUUCUCGUCGGUCAUGUUCCUCACCGGGUGCUCGCUUCCGACCCCCGCGUGUCUUACGCACUCUACAUCCCACCAGAGCACUAUAGCCACGGUGCAGGACUCCCCCCGCCCCCUGCCAAGCUUCCUUUGUUAGUUAGCGUACACGGAACAAGGCGAGAUGUGUUUGACAUCUAUGACCUAGUCCCGUUUGCCGAAUCCACGCGAUGCGCCGUUCUCACGCCGCUCUUCCCAACCGGCCUAGACGGCCCUAACGACAUUGAUUCAUAUAAAGUGUUGCGAUCUAAGACUUUACGUUCGGACCUGGCGUUUUUGUCGAUUCUUGACGAGGUCGCAACUCGAUACCCGGGAAUUGAUGCCGAGAAGGUCUUUCUUAUGGGUUUUAGUGGAGGUGGUCAAUUCUCACACCGGAUUCUCUACCUGUAUCCUGAGCGACUUGCCGCUGUUAGUGUCGGCGCUCCGGGACGUGCGACAUUUUUAAACGACCAGCAAGACUGGCCGGUUGGAAUUAAGGAUGUAGAGACACUCUUCGAGAGAUCCAUUAAUAAGGACCUCAUCAAAAAAGUUCCGAUCCAUCUCGUUAUCGGCGACGAAGAUGUCAAUAUACCAGGCGGUGACGAAUUCUGGUCCUGGUUGAGUCAAUUGAAGGCUCAACGGAGCAUUGGAGGCGUAACCGAUAAGAAGGGUAAAGACUUGCCGUUUAUGGAACAGGGGAGACUCGAUACUAUUAACGACCUCCGCAAGUCAUGGAAGAGUGAUGGGAUAGAGGCCCAGUUGGAUGUUGUCCCUAGGGUGUCCCAUGAUGCUAGAAGCGUCCGCAAUUUCGUCUUAGCAUUCUUACGGCCUUUGAUCCAGGGACAUUUGAGUAACUGAGCAUAAGAUUCGGAAGUCAAUGUCAAUUGUCGUUGUAUGCUACGCAAUCUGUUGGGCUCUGCACAUAUGUAUUUGUAACUUAGGAACACGCCCAGCCUCGUGCGUCAUUGUAUACGCAAUUAUAUGCCAAGGGACCUAGGUCAUACUGCACGUACCAUAUAUGUACCUAGAAAAUUUCCCUCACCGUCAUUUGCCUUGCCGACGUAAUCGGA